UCUGAGAUCUACAUAUAUACAUAUAUAUAUACAUAGAAUCUCCUAGUUUUCUUGAUAGUAUUUGUCUUGCUAUAUAUUCACACUAUUCAGCUAUAUUUCCAACCAAUAUAUACUCUUUGCUUGAGCACUACCAUUAAAAUUUAUAUAGGCUAGUAAGAAAAAGAAUACCAUUUUCACUGCAAAAAGACAAAGCUUCUAUGGCUUCUCCUGUUGGAACACCAUCUGGGUCCAGCCUGCUGCAAAAGUCAGCUUCCGAAGAGGAUCUGCAGGCAGUGAUGAACCUUAAGAUACAGAAGAGAAAGAUAUCGAACCGUGAAUCUGCAAGGCGGUCCAGGAUGCGCAAGCAGAAGCAUUUGGAUGGUCUCACCGCGCAGAUCGGCCAGCUGAGGAAGGAGAACAGCCAGAUCUUGACAACCUUCACCCUCACCACGCAGCGGUUUUUUGCAGUGCAGGCUGAGAACUCUGUCCUGAGGACGCAGAUGGUGGAGCUCAGCAACAGGCUGCAGUCUCUCAAUGACAUCCUCCACUGCCUGAAAGCAAAAUAUAGCAUCAGUAGUGGCCCCAUGAUCACUGAUGACUACAUCAAUCCGUGGAACCUCAUGCGCAUGAACCAGCCGAUCAUGGCUUCAGCCGAGAACAUGUUUCAGUACUGAAAGAUAAGAAUCCAUCAAUGAUGUAAAAGCGAAGGCUGCUGCCUGUGCUGUUGCUGUCGGUGCUCUUAGAGCUUCAAAUGCUCAAACUGUAUAAAAUUCCAGUAUGUUAAGACCAAAAGUUGUAUGAAUGGUAUAAAGAGAAAGCUUGGUCGCAGAUUGUGGCUUGUAUGUGGUCUCCUACCUACA